AUGGAAGAAAAAGAGCUGGAAGGUCCCAACUCUGCGUCCGAGAAGCGCUAUUUCCCAGAAUCCCUUGAUUCCAGCGAUGGGGAUGAGGAGGGGGUUUUGGCCUGCGAGGACUUGGAACUUAACCCUUUUGAUGGAUUGCCUUAUUCGUCACGUUAUUACAAACUGCUAAAAGAAAGAGAGGAUCUGCCAAUAUGGAAAGAAAAAUACUCCUUUAUGGAGAAUCUGCUUCAAAAUCAAAUUGUGAUCGUUUCAGGAGAUGCUAAAUGCGGCAAGAGCUCUCAGUGGCAGCCGUGGGCCCGCGCACGGAUGCCGCUGCCGCUGCUGUCCUGGGCCUGCCGGAUCGGGCCCCCCGAGGACCCCGGGUCCCGGCUCUCCCAGGAUAUUGAAAAGGCCUAUGAAAUGGUCUGUCAAGAAGGAUCUAACUUGAACCCAGAUCUAGGGGAGCUGGUGGUGGUUCCUCUGUACCCAGAAGAGAAAUGUGCGUUGUUCAAGCCAAAUGAGGAAACAGAAAAAAGAUGCCAAGUUUAUCAGAGGAGAGUGGUGCUAACCACUAGCUCUGGAGAGUCUUUGAUCUGGAGUAACACAGUCAAAUUUGUCAUCGACGUGGGUGUGGAAAGAAGAAAGGUGUACAAUCCUAGAAUCAGAGCGAACUCACUCAUCACGCAGCCCAUCAGCCAAAGCCAAGCGGAGAUACGCAAGCAGAUUGUCGGUUCGUCUUCUCCAGGAAAACUCUUCCGUCUGUACUCUGAGGAGUUCGCCUCCAAAGACAUGCGGCCGCUCAAGCCAGCCGAGAUGCAGGAGGCGAACCUGACCAGCAUGGUGCUGUUCGUGAAGAGAAUAGACAUCGCGGGCUUAGGCCACUGUGACUUCAUCAACAGACCAGCGCCGGAAAGUCUGAUGCAGGCUCUGGAAGACUUGGACUACCUGGCGGCGCUGGACAAUGACGGGAAUCUCUCUGAGUUCGGGAUCAUCAUGUCGGAGUUUCCUCUUGACCCCCAACUCUCAAAGUCGAUCUUAGCGUCCUGUGAAUUCGACUGCGUAGAGGAGAUGCUGACGAUCGCCGCCAUGGUGACAGCUCCCAAUUGCUUUUCUAAUCUGCCGCGUGGAGCUGAGGAGGCUGCCUUGACUUGUUGGAAGACAUUUUUACAUCCUGAAGGAGAUCACUUUACCCUCAUCAACAUUUACAAGGCCUACCAGGACACGGCUCUGAAUUCCACCAGCGAACACUGUGUUGAAAAGUGGUGUCACGAUUACUUCCUCAACUGCUGCGCACUCAGGAUGGCGGAUGUCAUCCGAGCUGAACUCUUAGAAAUUGUCAAGCGAAUCGAGCUUCCCUGCGCAGAACCUGCUUUUGGCUCCAAGGAAAACGCUCUGAACAUAAAGAAAGCUCUUCUGUCCGGCUACUUCAUGCAGAUUGCUCGGGACGUGGACGGAUCGGGUAACUACCUGAUGCUGACCCACAAGCAGGUUGCCCAGCUGCACCCCCGGUCCGGUUACUCCAUCACCAAGAAGAUGCCAGAGUGGGUUCUCUUCCACAAGUUCAGCAUAGCAGAGAACAACUACAUCAGGAUUACCUCAGAAAUUUCUCCUGAACUAUUUAUGCAACUGGCACCACAAUACUAUUUCAGUAACCUGCCUCCCAGUGAGAGUAAGGAUAUUCUACACCAGGUGAUGGAUCACCUAUCACCCAUGUCAACAAUGAAGAAGGAACAGAACAUGUGUGAGAAGUGCCCGGAAACCGCAGAGCAAAGGUGCGCCUUGCAGUGA